GUUGUCAAACAAAUGUCAAACUGAAACUUGCGCAAAUUCUCUCAAGAUGACAUACAAACGUAAAAAAUACCAUCACGGUGAUACUCAUCUUAAAAAGCGUUGGAGGCUCAGAAAUAGAAAGAAGGACUUGGAUCAAAUUGAUGUAGAUAUAAAAGAAGAAAACGCAGAGAAGCUGUUGAAUCAAGAUGUGGACUUAGAUCUACCUGGUUCUGCCCAGCAUUACUGUCUUCACUGUGCCCGUUACUUCAUCGACGAUCAAGCUUUGACCGAGCAUUUCAAGACAAAAGUUCAUAAACGGAGGUUAAAAGCUCUCGAAUUAGAACCGUACAGCAUCGAGGAAUCCGAAAGAGCUGCCGGCUACGGAAGUUUCAAGCAGCCCUCUAAAAGGAAGAUUGAAACACAAAACACCAAGAAACUCGAUAUAACUGAUAAUGACGGUGAUGCCGUUUUAGAAGAGGAAAGUCCAAUCAAAAAGAAAAAAAUUGAUGAAGAUGCUACAUAGC